GGAGAGCAGAUUUUUAUCACGUUGGAAACAGUGUUUUGAGUGAUUGUAGUAAAGUUUAUUUUUGCAUUUGCACCUUUUUUGUCAUUAAAAAUGCCUGAACGCGCUUCGUGUGAAGUAAUAAAAGGAGCCGACCGGCUCCGCUUGCGUGCUCUUUCUCGCUCGCGCAGCCGAUCGGCUCUGAUUGCGUGCUCUUUCUCGCUUGCGCAGCCUGUCGGCUCCGAUUGCGUGCUCUUUCUCGCUCGCGCAGCCGAUGGGCUCCGAUUGCGUGCCCGCUGCGGCCGCGCCGACUGCCAUUUUGAUAGCAACAUUUGAACGUAAUAGUUGUGCGUACUUGUACGAAAAGAUGAAUGAUGAAAAAUUAAUAAUACUCGUGUCAAAAUAUGAGUGUUUAUUUGACAUAACCAAGCCAUCAUAUAGCGAUCGGAUAAUGAAAGACAAUGCAUGGGAGGAAAUUAGCAAAUGUCUCGGAAUAAGUGUGACGCAGUGCCAGGAUCGUUGGAAGAAACUGCGAGAUAACUUCAGAAAAGCCUAUUAUAACCGAAAAGGCAAGAGUGGCGAUGGUGCAACUACGUCCAAAUUGAUAAAAUUUGAAAAAGAACUUUCUUUUAUAAUACCAUUUUUUCGCAAUCGAAACCAAAUAUCUAAUGUAACAUUAUCAUCGGAUGAUUCAGAGCCUGGCACACCAAUACCACCACCAUCGACAUCAUCUAAACGUUCUGACCAUUCUGAAGUUGAAUCGCUUGCAAGUACUUCUGGCUCGAAAAAGAGACCACGCUUAAGCAAAGAUGUUGCUACGGUUUUCGAAGAGUAUCUUGAAGAAAAAAGAAAUACUACACCCCGUGACAAGGCAUUACGUAAUUUUUUUUUGUCUAUGUCAGAUACAGUGGAAACAUUCCCAAAAGAAGUCCAAGCACGAAUUAAAAGGCGCGUGUUUAACAUUGUUAAUGAAGCUGAAUUAAAUCUGUAUGAAAAUAGUACAGAUUUGAAUUAUUCUUUGUCUAUAAAUUCACCGCCAUCGACUAAUCAAUCUACUUACCUAGUGUCAAACGAAACCUAUAUUCCUCAAAACUAUCCAGAUCAGACUACUUACGGGUACAAUACCAGCACACAAAAUACAAAAUAAUAAACAAUCAAAAACAAUAAUAAUUAUAAUAAUAAUAAUUAAACACACACAAAUCUGUACUAUUUAAUUACAUUUCAUUAACGUAAAUAAUGCUUAAUAAAUGGAGGGCUGUGAUUUUGUGAUCUAUUUAGAUGUUUGUGUUAUUUAACAUGAUUAGUAUAAGUAAUUUACAUUUCAUUAACGUAAACAAUGCUUAAUAAAUGGAGGGCUGUGAUUUUGUGAUCUAAAUAACAUGAUUAGUAUAAAUAAU